AUGACUCAUCCACUGAAUCUGGACUCUGACUCUCAGCCUCUGGACUACACAGGACUAAAGGGGCUUCAGUUCAAUGACCAAGGGAUGCUUCUUCCACACAGCAUCCUGGGUAGCUUGGAGGAUUUCAGAAGUUAUCUGGAGGCCAUAGGGGAGACAGAAUUGGUGAAGCGAAUACCCAAGUCCCCAAGAGAUCCCUCAUCUAGGGCCACAGGGAAGCAGCACUCAGAAGCUGUGAAAAAGGGGAUUCCUUCAGGCCAAGUAUGUCAAGACUUGCUCGACAGGUCAGCCUCAAGCUUGCUGAUAAACCAAGCCAGAGAAACUCAGGAGCAGCGAGAAUUUCUAAGCCAAGUCAUGCCACUGAUCCACUCUGGAUAUGGCAUCAGUGGACUGGAGGCGAUUGGCUCUGGAAAGCCAUUCAGUGUUGGCACAGAGUGUCGUAGUCCUCUGCCGGAGAAGGAAGAUGAGGAGAGGGACCACAGAGAGAUGAAGAAGAAGGACCUUGGCCCACCGUCACAGAAUGAUGAUGGUCAGGGAGAUGUUGUCAUUCCGUCCUUGAGGUUCUGUGGUCAGCUUGCUAGCUGGACUGGAAACUCUACGAAGAACCAGGGAGUAGUAGGAAUCAAUGCCAGAAAAUUCUUUGAGACUCUGAUUGGAGAAAUAGCCUUAUCCAGCCUGGAGCUACACAAUGAGGGCGGCACAGUCAUCUUCUACAGCUGGCAGGAGCUUCGUGUUCCACGCUUCUUCCCUCAACUGUGUUCGAGGAAAAAAAAGCCACACUUCUACUUCAAUUCCUCCUCCGGUGUGAUCCGCCCCGGUGAAACCCAGCAGUUGGAGCUUGUAUUUAAGUCAGAUGAGCCAGGUAUCCAAACUGAAGUUUGGCAGCUCAACACCCAUCCUGUGCUGCUGCAAGGAGCCUCCAUGCAGGUCAGGCUGACAGGAGUUGCUCUGUACCCGGACAAAACAGCCGACCAGAGGCUUUACGUAGAGACCAAGCUGGAAAAGAGAGUGACGGAAAAAAUGUGUCGAUCGAUCGUGUAUGAGAUGGUCCAGGGCGUGCGCACCCCAGAAAGACCCAGCUCCCCCGCAGAGCUCUACAUGACUAAAGAGCAACAGUUUCUGAGCAAAAACCCCAAGUUGCAGUAUCUUGAUCAGCCAGUGGAGGACCUAAGGAGACUGUGGCAAGAAGCGACUCAAGGACGCACCUGGGACUACUCUGUCGACUCGCUCCGACAGGUUCUGUUGUCGCUGCCCGAUGAUGAACCAGCUCAAGUCUCCCUCACCAGAGAAGAGAGGCUGGUCCUGCUCAACGCUCUAUUGCUGCAGCUUUCUGAACCUUCUGAUCCGAAACACCACAGUCUAUCAGCUGCCACUAUAGGGAAUCAGCUGUGGAGCAUACUGCUGGACAGGAUGAGUGAUGAGGCCCAGCGGCUCAGAAGCCUGCUGGGCCUCCCAGAAAAAGAAACGUGGAUCGAUGAAAAGGAUGAAUCCAUAAUAUCUGACGCUGAUUUGGCUGACAGCGAAAACGUAGAGAAAAAGGGAAGCGCAGCGGCUCAAGUGGAGAGGAGCAGGGCGAGAUCCACGCCUAAAGAUAACAACAAAAGACAGGACAAGCCACCAGCGCAAACUGAAAAAUCAGCCAAGGUUUAUGUUCUGAUGGAGGACCUAGUGGACAACCUGUGUGACCUGAUGGAUGAGCUCCCGGUGGGACACCAAUGA